AUGGCAGUGGAUUCAAGUAAUGCCCUUGUAGUGGACAAGGAUGGCGCCGACGCGUUUCGACACGAAAACGACCAGCUACUGUCGCUCUUGCCCGCGUCGUACCGCACGGAGUCCGACGAUCUGGCCGCCCCCGCUCGCCAUGUCACGACCUGCAUCGAGAAGGAGCUCAACUUGCGCCGGCUGACCAGCAUUCAUGGGUGGCCGUGGCUCGCCGGCCGGCCCAUGCCGCCGCGUCCGCUGCACCACCAGUUGCUGGUCGGCCGAGAAGUCAUCGUCACGGAGCAGAUGGACAUGCAUCUCGUCUGGACGACGAGCUGGAUAUUCCUCAAACCUAUCCCGCGGUUCCUUCUCGAGCCGCGCUUCUGGCACGAGUACCUCUCCUGCGGACAAGAACUUAGGCAGCGUGCGCUCGGCUUCCUCCUCUCCUACGCCGCACUGAUUUCUUACGAGAGCGACUUCCUAGUUGCGAAGGAGAAGCAUCUGCUUCCCAUAGAAGUUCCAUGGCCCAGCUGGAGGACGUUCGUCCAGGAGCUGCAUACAGAGCACAUCUACCCAAACAUCGACGCGCGGUUCUACUACGGCGAGCUUCGCUGA